ACAUGCCACAAUGACAGAACAGACAGCUAAAAAGCAAGGAAUUAAAAAGUGUCGGAGUGCCACCUUCAGCAUUGAUGGCUUCAGCUUCACCAUUGUUGCCAGUGAGGCAGGGGGAAGUAAUCAUUAUCCUCUGGGCCGCUUUAGACGCUCUCGAUCCCAGAAUGCCUUGGCCACAGAGGUCACAGCCAGUGUUGGCAUCUGGGAACAGAAAGGAGAAUUGAUGGACCCACGCAACUUGGCAGAGAUCCUCGCAGAUGAGCUUCCAAGCCCAAGUGCUCCAGAUGCAAUAGAGAAGACUGCCAUCAGGUUGCGAUGUCUCAUAAAACAGUUAGAGAGGGGUGAGGCAUCUGUGGUGGACCUGAAGAAAAACCUGGAAUUUGCUGCCAUAGUUCUUGAAUCAUUAUAUACUGAAGAAGCCAGAGGACUGGGGGACUCAGGGGAUGAGCUGAGGGACAUCCAUUCAGACUCUGUGCCAUCUGAAGUUCGUGAUUGGCUGGCUUCCACUUUUACUUGCCAGAGAAGCUUAAAGCUUUGCUGUAGUGAGGACAAGCCACGCUUCCGCAGCAUCGUUCAUGCUGUGCAGGCCGGCAUCUUUGUGGAAAGGAUGUACAGACGAUCCUCGAAUCAGUCGGGCCUCAUUUAUCCCCCAAAUGUCAUGGCUUUGCUCAAGCAUGUGGACUUGUGGUCUUUUGACGUGUUUGAAUUGAAUGACAUCAGCGGAGACCAUGCACUGAAAUUUGUUCUGUAUGAACUGCUCACCAGAUAUGACUUGCUCAAUCAUUUCAAGGUUCCUGUAUCAACUCUCAUGUCAUUUGUGGAGUCGCUGGAGGUGGGAUACAGUAAACAUAAGAAUCCAUACCAUAACCUGAUGCAUGCUGCUGAUGUCACACAGACUAUCCACUACAUGCUCCUGAAGACCGGCAUGGCUCAUUGGCUAACUGAGUUGGAGAUCUUUGCCUUAAUUUUUUCAGCUGCUAUUCAUGACUAUGAACAUACAGGAACCACCAAUAACUUCCACGUUCAGACCAGGUCUGAGACAGCUUUGCUAUAUAAUGAUCGAUCUGUUUUGGAGAAUCACCACGUGAGUGCUGUUUAUCGACUUCUACAAGUUGAUGAAAUGAACAUCCUUUACAAUCUUUCGAAAGAUGACUGGAGAGAACUUCGAACAAUGGUUGUGGAGAUGGUGUUGGCCACUGACAUGUCUUGCCACUUCCAGCAGAUCAAAGCCAUGAAAACUCUCCUGCAGCAGCCUGAGGAGAUUGACAAGCCCAAGGCCUUAUCGCUGAUACUACACACUGCUGACAUUAGUCAUCCAGCCAAACGCUGGGAUCUCCAUCACCGCUGGACCACUUCCCUCCUGGAGGAGUUUUUCAAACAGCUUUACAUCCACAGUAUCAAUGGCAGUGAUGAGAAGCAUUCUGGUGUGAAGACUUCUAGUUCUGAGGGCAGCUUUUCUCUGACCGCAGUGGACUUCAAAAGCCUCAAGGUCACAUGGAAUCAAGAAAUUAAUCACAACAGAGAGAGAUGGAAGGCUCAAGAAGGAAAAGGUACGAUGAGAUCACAACCAAGGAGGCAGGGAUGGCAACCAAGAACAGAAGGAUUUGAAAAUGGACAAAAAUCCAAGCUGACUGACAACAAAGGCAAUAAUGGACUGCAAAAUGUGACAUCAGAGAUGGCAGAACAGAAGAAAGAGAAGGAGGUCAGAAAGGAGCAGCCUAAAGAGGAGGAAGGAGACAAAGGGGCAGGAGUGGUUGGAUGUGCCGUGCAAAACUCAAACAGCAACAAGUCUCUGCGUCACACUGAAGAACAACAGCUCCAGAAUGAUUCUGAGGGUCCCGUCAUUCAGCACUGCAAAAAGCCAAGCUACUGUGCAAGUUCGUACCGGCUGGUGAGGACAAAGGUCACUGAAAUGCGACUGACUGAUGCAAGGGCAAAAGCCCGGAGACUGCAGCGUAUAUCCCUGCGUCGCAGGAAGUGACCUGAGGAAACCACCUGCGUAGAAUCGGAACAGGUUCGAAGUGCCUGCCUUUUGGCAGAAAGAGCAACAUCUUCCACGGCUUAAUGAUCCAAACACAACUCACGUAGCAUUGAAAAUACAUCUGUGUGAUCACCUUUAAAAGGCAGGGUUUUUCUUGCAUAGAAAAAUGUAAUUGUAGCAGGGACACGCACAUUUUUUGAUCAGCAUACACAGUGGUGGAAUGUCUCAAUCAGAUUCUUCUGCCAGCUGAUGUGGGCAGGUUUUACGAGUGCAACACAAAAC